GGAGAGCAGCAGCCGCAGGAACUGCAGCUCUGCCAGCUCGGGCUGAGCCUAGAGACACCGGCCUGGCUGGACCACGCCAGCCGCAGACAGUGGCUGAGCAUGGAGCUGUCCCCCCGCAGCCCUCCAGAGAUGCUGGAGUCGGAUUGCCCGUCACCCCUGGAGCUGAAGUCAGCCCCCAGCAAGAAGAUGUGGAUUAAGCUUCGAUCUCUGUUACGCUACAUGGUGAAGCAGUUGGAGAACGGGGAGGUAAACAUUGAGGAGCUGAAGAAGAACCUGGAGUACACAGCUUCUCUGCUGGAGGCCGUCUAUAUCGAUGAGACUCGGCAAAUCUUGGACACAGAAGAUGAGCUGCAGGAGCUGCGGUCCGAUGCUGUGCCUUCCGAGGUGCGGGACUGGCUGGCUUCCACUUUCACCCAGCAGACCCGAGCCAAAGGUCGCCGAGCAGAGGAGAAGCCCAAGUUCCGGAGCAUCGUGCAUGCUGUGCAGGCCGGGAUCUUCGUGGAGCGGAUGUUCCGGAGAACAUACACCUCCGUGGGUCCCACCUACUCCACUGCAGUCCACAACUGUCUCAAGAACCUGGACCUCUGGUGCUUUGAUGUCUUUUCCUUGAACCGGGCAGCAGAUGACCAUGCCCUGAGGACCAUUGUGUUUGAGUUGCUGACUCGACAUAACCUCAUCAGUCGCUUCAAGAUCCCCACUGUGUUUUUGAUGAGUUUCCUGGAGGCCUUGGAGACAGGUUAUGGGAAAUACAAGAACCCUUACCACAACCAGAUCCAUGCGGCCGACGUCACCCAGACGGUGCACUGCUUCCUGCUCCGCACUGGGAUGGUGCACUGCCUGUCGGAGAUCGAGGUCUUGGCCAUCGUCUUCGCCGCAGCCAUUCACGACUAUGAGCACACGGGCACCACCAACAGUUUCCACAUCCAGACCAAGUCGGAAUGCGCCAUCCUGUACAAUGACCGCUCUGUGCUGGAGAAUCACCACAUCAGCUCUGUCUUCCGCCUGAUGCAGGACGAUGAGAUGAACAUUUUCAUCAACCUCACCAAGGAUGAGUUUGUAGAGCUGCGGGCCCUGGUCAUUGAGAUGGUGUUGGCCACAGACAUGUCCUGCCAUUUCCAGCAAGUGAAGACCAUGAAGACAGCCUUGCAGCAGCUGGAGAGGAUCGACAAGUCCAAGGCUCUGUCUCUUCUGCUCCAUGCUGCUGACAUCAGCCAUCCUACCAAGCAGUGGUCAGUCCACAGCCGCUGGACCAAAGCCCUCAUGGAAGAAUUCUUCCGCCAGGGAGACAAGGAGGCAGAGCUGGGCCUGCCCUUUUCACCACUCUGCGAUCGCACGUCCACUCUGGUGGCGCAGUCUCAGAUUGGUUUCAUUGAUUUCAUUGUGGAGCCCACGUUCUCUGUGCUGACCGAUGUGGCAGAGAAGAGUGUCCAGCCCCUGGUGGAUGAUGACUCCAAGUCUAAAAACCAGCCCAGCUUCCAGUGGCGCCAGCCUUCUCUGGACGUGGAGGUGGGAGACCCCAACCCUGACGUGGUCAGCUUCCGUGCCACCUGGACCAAGUACAUUCAGGAGAACAAACAGAAGUGGAAGGAACGGGCAGCGAGUGGCAUCACCAACCAGAUGUCCAUUGAUGAGCUGUCCCCCUGUGAAGAAGAGACCCCGUCCUCCCCUGCAGAAGACGAACACAACCAGAAUGGGAAUCUGGACUAGCCCCGGCUGGCCCAGGUCCUCACCGAGUCUGAAGUGUUUGAUGUCAUUAGCACCAUCCAUCGGGACUGGCUCCCCCAUCUGCUCCCAGGGAGCAUGGAGGUCAUGGAAGAGACAACCCACCAGAAGGCCAAAUGCCAGAGAUUGUGGGGUUGGGGGAAGGGCCCCUCCCCAUCUGACACCCUCUGGGGCGCACUUUAAUUUCCCAGCAGCAAAACUGGGGAACUUCAGGCUCCCAGUGGUCACUGUGCCCAUCCCCCUGCCUCUGGGCUCCCCUCGUGGCCGGAUGGCUACCUGGAAGGGGGGAGCUUCCUGGAGGCUUCCCAGGGCCUAAAGGGGAGGGUCAGAGAUGCCAGCCCCCUGGGCCCUCCCCUAUCCUUUUUGCCUCCAAGUUUCUAAGCAAUACAUUUUGGGGGUUCCCUCAGUCCCCCACCCCAGAUCUUAGCUGGCAGGUCUGGGUUCCCCUUCUCCUCCCUUGGGAAGGGCUAGAAUAGCAUAAAAAGCUGGGGGUUUUCAAAGCCCUAUGUGCAGGAAGGGGAGGGGGUUCCUUCAGGGCAUGGUCCCCUUUUUGGACAGGGGUGGGGUGGGAUCCUUUUGACCCACACUUGCACUGCUUUGGCCCCAUCUCUUGCCUGACUCCCUGUGAUCCUCUCUCUCUCUCUCAUGCCCAGAUGGUAACUGGGGGAAGAGAGGAACCAUGGGGGCCAAGGUCUGAGGGGAGGCCUGUCCUGAGGGCCUCGAGAGCUGGGGGCUUGUCUACGCCCUGCCCUGGCCAAGUCUUGAGCCCUUUGCCUCCUUCCUGUCCCCAGGGCUAGGAGGCUCCCAUCCGACCAAUGUCUGUAAAGUGCUUUGAGGUCUCCACAGCAAAGCACCUUCAGGGUGUAUUUUUGAGCACAGGCAGGAGAGACCAGCUGGGUUGGGGUUCAGGGCAUGUGGGGAGGGUGAGCUGUAAUCCAAGAAUCCUGUAUUACUAACAGAGAGGGUCCCUCCCCUCCCUCCAUCUCCCAGAACUGGCUCAGCCGCAGGCACCAGAAGACCCCUUCCCUGGGACCUUGGUGGGUAGAAGGCAGACAGUGGGAGUGGGGGUGGGGUCAAGGCCACUGCUGUCAUAACCUCUGGGGAGAGCCCAGCCAGGCCCGGUGCCCCUUCCUCUCCUCAGGCUCCUCUCCCCCCCACCUGGCCCCAGGAAAGGCCAAAGUCCAGGUGACUGGCUCCUCCUUUCUUGUAGAUACCACUCAUGCAUUUGUACAGUGGACCCUGUUCUUGUGAAGUCCAUAUUCAUGGUCUCUCAGACCUGCCACCCUGAAACUUGCCCUUCCCACCCCACCCUGAGUGGGGAGAGACGCAUGUGACUCACCCCUGCCCUGGUCUCCCUGGCCCCUGCUAUAGCCAGAGAUCAAUAAAGAAGGGAGACUGGG